AUGACGGCUGUGCGUGCGGCGCUCGCCUUUGCUCUGACCCUCUCGCUGGUCCACGCCAACCAGGAUUAUUUUGAGGACUCAGAACUGUCAGCAGAUGGACCAAGGGCAGAAGAUAAAGAAGUUGAACAGAGUGUUUCAAAUGUAUUUACUGCAGUGAACAUAGAAACCUUCCCUGCAGUGACCACAGAAACAUUCACUGCAGAUACGAAUUCUACCCUUAUUGCUUAUGAGGAGUCAAGCCAGUUAGAAUUUGUAUCAAUGGUAAUGAUCCCAUUGAUUUUAUUGGGCCUUCUACUUUUAUCAGUAGUAUUCAUUGGAAUAUACUACAAAAGAAAGAGAGCAAAGCAAGAGCCUUCUAGUCAAGGAUCUCAGAGCGCUCUACAGACAUGUGAUCUGGGAAGUGAAAACUUGAAAGUCCCUAUUUUUGAGGAGGACACACCCUCUGUUAUGGAAAUAGAAAUGGAAGAGCUUGACAAAUGGAUGAACAGCAUGAAUAGGAAUGGUGACCAUGAAUGUUUACCUACACUAAAGGAAGAAAAAGAAUCAAACCACAAUGCAAGAAAGCGUACUUCCGCGUCCUCCUACUCAAUGACCGCUUCUGGAGUUCGUUCACAGAGUUUAGAGCUCCUUACUACCAGAAAGACACCCCCCAACAUGGACUAUUAUACACAGAGUCCCCAGGCUUCUAGGAAAAAGGAGGUUCUGGAUACACAAUGCUCCCUUAUUAUCUACUUCCUCCUCAACCCUCCUUUCAAAAUACCAUUAGAAAGUGAUAAGAAAGAGAUAGAUCCCUGUAUCAAGGAGCUGUGA